AUGUAUCCCAAUAGCAAACCCUUUGGAGGCAUAACGGUCGUUUUUGGUGGUGAUUUUCGUCAGAUAUUACCUGUCACUCCCAAAGCUGGCCGUCCAGAAAUUGUUGGAGCUGCUCUUAAUAAUUCACCAUUGUGGGAACACUGCCAGGUUUUUCUUCUAUGGCGUAACAUGCCUCUACAAUCUGGAAACACUGAUGAGCAGAACAGAUUAAUAAGGGACUUCAGUGAGUGGCAGCUAAAAGUGGGAGAUGGCAAGGUCGAUCCGAUCAGCAGGAAGGAUCAUAUUUCAGAGGUGCUAUUUAGGUUACCCACGCAGCAUGUGCUUAAUUCUGUCGAUACACCAAUACAAGACUUGAUUGAUGUUGUUUAUGAAGAUUUUUCCAAUAAUAUAUCAAAUCCACAGUACUUUAGUUCCCGUGCCAUCCUGACUCCAACAAAUGUUGUUGUGGAUGACAUAAAUUAUGCCAUCCUUGACAAGUUGCCUGGAGAGACUCACACGUUCUACAACCAAGAUUCUCUAGAAGAACAAGGCCUUGAAGAAAAUGAUUUUGACGAAUCAUUUCCCAUUGAAUAUCUCAACUCCUUGAACAUUCCAUGUAUUCCUAAACAUGAACUGAAGCUCAAGAUUGGUACUCCUGUUAUGCUGAUGAGGAAUUUAAAUCAGAUCAACGGGUUGUGCAAUGGUACUCGUAUGAUGGUCACUGGCUGCAAGAAGAAUAGCAUUGAGUGUGAAAUAACGUGUGGUUCACAUGUUGGGACAAAACACCUUAUCCCAAGGAUUGAGAUGAUACCGACUGAGACACCCUGGCCUUUUGAUUUUAAGAGAACACAAUUCCCCCUGCAAUUAUGUUUUGCUAUGACGAUAAACAAGAGCCAGGGCCAGUCACUUGAUAUUGUUGGUCUUUUCUUGCCUAGGCCCGUUUUCUGUCAUGGUUAG